AGCGAGGAGCUUCAUCCACUGCUUGAGAAUAUUUUUAGCAUGGAAAAACUCAUCAAAAUAUUAAUAGAUGAUAAUGAGAUCAAUGAAGGUGCUAAGAAGGAGAAGAAGAAAGAAAAAGAGUUGGAGAAGGAAAAGGAGGAGGAGGACCCCAAUUCCAGCGAGUUAGAUUGA